AUGAGCAUAACUUCCAUGGAAUUUGAUCAAACGCAAAUUCGACAGCCCUCCGAGAAAAUCAAUAGUGUGGAUUAUAUUGAUAAUAAUGAGAAUAAGAGUGACUUCAAUUUGGAGAAGGAAAUACAUAAUAUCCUAGUUGUGUUUGGAAUGGUCACAGAAAUUAUACUUUCAGAUAACCACCUCUUAGAAUAUGUAAGCUUCAAUGACAUAUAUAAAAUAUUGCUUUGUAUAUUUAGAGCUCGUUACGAGGAUAUAUUAAAUGGUCUACAAAAAAACACUGUGAAAAAUGACGAAAAAUAUAAAGAGGGGAAAAUAGAGAACGAAACCCCAAAAGGGGAUGAAAGAGAUUUACCACAAUAUAAUGAUUCACAUAAAAAAAAAAUUGAAAAUAUAAACAAAUCUAAAAAUAAUAAAGUUAAUGAUAUAUAUGGAGACAAUGAAUUAGCAAAAGAAAUAAAAUUAAAAUUUUCUCAAAUGUUUUAUGGUUCACCUGACAAAAAAACAAAUGGCAAUAGUAAUAACAAAAAUAUUAUGCGAUUAAUACCUAUGAAUAGUUUAAAUUAUAUUAAAUAUGCAAUAACAGGUUGUAUAUAUUUACAUGGGAAAAUAUCAACCCGAAAAUUGUCAUUGAGACAUAUAUUAAAUAGCCUUGAUUUUAAUCUCUAUAUAUUAAAUAAUUACAUGAAUACAGAAAAUAGCUUAACAGCAAAUAGUGAUUUAAAAACAUUAGCUUUUAUUAUUAAUCAAUACCAACCUAUUGUUAAGGAAAAUAUUUAUAAUGAGAAAGAAGAAAGUCUAAAAAUGGAAAAAGCUAGUUUAUGUGCAUCAUCUUUUAAUAUAUCAAAUAAUAUAUUUAAAUACUCUUUAUUAUUUGAAUUAAUAUUUAUAACUAGAUCACCAUUUAUUAUUAACAAAUUUAUAUAUUCAGUUUUCAAUGACAUGCUAUGUAUACCAAAUAUAAAUAAUAAAUAUAAUGAUAUUGUUAUUGUUAUAUCAUGUAUUUUAUUUGUUAACCAUUUCUUUUAUCAUCUUAAUCAUCACCAUAAAAUGGCUUCUCCAUAUUUUAAGUUAAUUAAAAAGAUGUAUAUGUCUCAAGUUGAAAAAAUUAUUAAUAUUUUUAUACUUUUAAAUCCAACUACCUAUGCAUCAGAAAUGAAAAAUGUUAUUUCUUUGGUCAAAGAAAUUGCCAACUUAUAUUCUAUUACCUAUUGA